UAUUUUGCCAACCACUUCAUCAUGGGAGGCGAGAAGUUCGACUCGACGCACCCCGAGGGGUACCUCUUUGGCGAGAACAGCGACCUCAACUUCCUGGGCAACCGGCCCGUCGUGCUGGGCUUUGACCUGGACCGGGAGGUGUAUCCCAUGGUGGUGCAUGCUGUGGUGGAUGAAGGAGAUGAGCAUAUUGGCCACUGUCACGUGCUGCUGGCGACCUUCGAGAAGCACGCCGACGGCACCUUCUGCGUGAAGCCCCUCAAGCAAAAACAAGUGGUCGCCGAGGACGAGGUGAGCGACAACAGCGCCGAGUGCGUCGUCUGCCUCUCGGACGUCCGCGACACCCUUAUCCUGCCCUGCCGCCACCUCUGCCUCUGCAACACGUGCGCGGACACCCUGCGGUACCAGGCCAACAACUGCCCCAUCUGCCGACUGCCUUUCCGAGCCUUGCUUCAGAUCCGAGCCAUGAGGAAAAAACUGGGCCCCCUGUCUCCCACCAGCUUCAACCCCAUCAUUGCCUCGCAGACCUCCGACUCGGAGGAGCACUCGUCCUCGGAGAACAUCCCCCCGGGCUACGAGGUGGUGUCCUUGCUGGAGGCCCUCAACGGGCCGCUGACGCCCUCGCCAGCCGCCCUGCCGCUCCGCGUCCUGGGGGACGGCCACGGCGCGGGGACGCUGCCCUCCUACGGCAGCGGCGGGCUCCAGCUGAAGAAGAGCCUGUCCAAGUCCAUCUCCCAGACCUCCUCCAUCCUGGCCGAAGAGGAUGAUGAGAAGUCCUGCAGCGAGUCGGAGAUCAGGGUUGUCCCGAGGAAAUCGCCAGCUCGGCACGAGGAGGAGUGCGGCGCGACUCCAGAGAGCGAAAACCUCACCUUGUCGUCAUCGGGAGCCAUCGACCAGUCCUCGUGCACCGGCACCCCGCUCUCCUCCACCAUCUCCUCUCCGGAAGGCCAGAGGACAGGCGCUUUCCUCGGUCUGAGAUGUGACAAUAACAAUGACGUGGCCAUCGCACACGUGAAAGCGCUGGACAAUAAACUGUGCUCUGAGGCCUGCUUACCUGUGAAGCUCCCGGCACGGCCCCGGCCCCGCUGGGGGCUGCUGUCGCGGGCGCUUUCUGCACGGUUUGAGCUUUUCUCAUUGUAG